GUGUUUGGUUGUGGUUUUGUUUCUUGGUGUUUAAUGCAAAGAUGGAGUGAGGACAUGGGAAGAUACGGGUGAAAUCUGGUCGGAUCUUGCUUUGCAAGGGGUCGGAUUUGGUGGGCCGGAAGGUGGCUUAUAUUUCGAUUGCCUUAGCUGUCUGGAAGAGUCCACUGCGAGCGAGAAGGAAAGUGGGAAGGGACGACCUCCACCUCUCCUGCUACUUCUGCUGCUGUUGUCCGUUUCCCCCGCCUUCUCCGUCUCUUGGCCCUCCUCGAAGCUGGUUGUUGUGGCGAGGAACUGGUCGAUGGCUGUUGAUGCAGAGGCCCAGUUCCAUGUUCUGGCCGUGGAUGACAGCCUCAUGGACAGGAAGCUCAUCGAGAGACUCCUCAAGACCUCUUCCUUUCAAGUCACCACAGUGGAUUCCGGGAGCAAGGCUCUUGAGGUCUUGGGGUUGAGCGAAGACCAAACAAGCCCAUCGGCUGUCUCACCAGAACACAAUGAGAUUGAGGUGAAUUUGGUCAUAACAGAUUACUGUAUGCCUGGGAUGACAGGGUAUGACCUCCUCAAGAAGAUUAAGGGAUCAUCAUCUUUGAAGGACAUCCCGGUGGUGGUCAUGUCAUCCGAGAACGUGCCUUCCAGAAUAAACAGAUGCUUAGAAGGUGGGGCAGAAGAGUUCUUUCUGAAGCCAGUGCAGCUCUCAGACAUGAAAAGGCUCAGGCCUCAUAUUCUUAAAGGGAGAUCAAAAGACCAACAGCUGCAACGAGAAGAAAACAGUAACACCAUCAUCAUCAGCAGCGGUGGCAGUAAAAGGAAAGCCAUGGAUGAGGAACCUUCACCCGAGAGGACAAGACUCAGAUUCUCCACUGGUAGCUUAACCAUAUUGUGAUAUGAACGAACAUGUUUGUCGACUAGCUGAAGAUCCUCAUCGGAGCGUUGAGUUUCUUCGGGUGCUGCCAGAGAAUUCACAUACCAUGCCGAUUUUGCGGUGGCUAAAGUUACCGAGAAGUAGGAAAUGUAAAUAGCCGGAGGACGAAGACGAUGAUGAUUUGGCUGGAUUCAUGAGAUACCUACCAUCAGGUGUUUGUUUCAUGGUGCCAGGGAGACUUUUUGCUCGUUUCUGCUAAAAUACUUUCUGGUGACAAAUGACAUCGUCUUUGAGCAUCCAGAGUAAAAGAACUACUCCCAUCGCGAUGCAGGGAAAAGAAGUAGCCUUGGAUCUCUGAUCCGAAUGAUGCGACACUUCUCAA